UGUAAAGGUCGUGCAGUGACGUCAUCUUCGAGCGACUCUUGGUUUUUUUCUGUUGAUUGAGAGCAAUAGAAAAGACUCCACCUCCGUACUGGCUCCUCGUCAAAGGCGGUAGCUUCGGCCCGACAGUCGUGACAGCAUGGCGGCCGCUGUAGCGCCAUUGUGGGAUGAGCAUCAGGCGUAUGAGGAGCUGCUGUACUGGGACAGUCUGAUCCAGCAAGGCCACCGGCUCCUCCCGGAUGAUUUUGACAGAUACGAAGAGCUGCGUUACUGGUAUGACUGCCUUUGCUACGAGGAGGAGCUGAGACAGUACCAUGACUACAUCGCUGCUAUCGAGGAGACUGAGGAUAAACGGCAUUAUGAGGAGGCUGCAUCCACCCAGGUGUGCAGGGGGCCAUAUGAUCGCCAUGUGAUGGCCAAACACUCUGAAGUGUAUCCCUCACCAGAGGAGCUGGAGGCAGUGCAGACAAUCGUCUCCCAUGUGGAGUGUGCUCUGAAGACUGUGUCUGACCAGAUGGAUACCUUAAAAGACGACCAAGAAAAUACAGAGGCAAAGAGUGAAUCACAAGAGCGUGUCCUGCGUGGGGUCAUGAGGGUCGGCCUGGUGUCCAAAGGACUCCUGCUGAAGGGAGACAAGGACCUGGAGCUGGUGCUGCUUUGUUCCAACAAGCCUACUGUCACCCUGCUUGAACAAGUGGCUGAAAAGCUAACUGCACAGUUAGAGACCAUUGCAGUGGGGGCGUAUACAGUAAGCCAGUGUCCAGGGGAUGCAGCCAUUAUUGUGACAAGCACGAAGGAGUCGGCCCUGACUCUCACUAUCCACAUGACAUCACCUCUUGUCAGGACAGAGCAAGAGAUUAAAACUGCAGGAGAAGAAGAAGAAACGCGAACAGUCAACGAUCCGCCGGACGUUCUGGACAGGCAGAAAUGCCUAACUGCCUUGGCGUCUCUCCGCCACGCCAAGUGGUUCCAGGCCAAAGUCAGCGACCUAAGCUCUGCCCUGGUUGUGAUCCGGAUCAUGAGGGACUUGUGUAACCGUGUUCCUACCUGGACGCCACUCUCAGGAUGGCCUCUAGAACUGCUGGUAGAGAAGGCUAUUGGUACAUCUGAGAGACCAAUGGGAGCAGGCGAGUCCCUCCGCAGGGUUUUAGAGUGUGUUGCCUCUGGAAUCCUCCUGGAAGAUGGCCCCGGAAUCAAGGAUCCAUGUGAGAAGGAAGCAGUUGAUGCUACUGAAAGUCUAACUCCACAGCAGCGCGAAGACAUCACACAGAGUGCUCAGUUUGCCUUGAGGCUGUGUGCAUUCGGACAGAUGCACAAGGUGUUGGGUAGGGACUACAAACCUGUUAAGCCACAGAAAUCAGAUGGCACAGACCUGUUGGAUCCUGAUGGUCACUUCAGCCUGCCAGCUAAGCGACCUUACACUGAGGUUGAGAAAGGAGAGGAAGAGCCCCAUCUCAACAGCAAACAGAGGAAGUUUCUCAAGUUCCAGAAGCGCUUUCAGAGGAAAUCAAUCACCGAUGAUUUUAGUAUGAAUGCUGUGAUGCGUCUGAACCAGUACAGACCUGGCCUGGAGUACCGGCUUACAUCGCAAACAGGUCCAGUCCACGAGCCAGUCUUCACAAUGGCGGUGGACCUGUAUGGAAAGACCUACGAGGCCACUGGGCCUUCUAAACGAGCUGCCAAGCUAAACGUAGCCACCAAGGUCCUGCAGGAUCUUGGGCUUCCGACAGGCUCAGAACCUAAAUCGGAGUCCAGUGGGGAUGCAGAAGUAACCCAGGAAUCUAUAAACGCUGCCAGCACUGCCUCUACCACAUCAGAAGAAAGCGGCCAGGGUCCCAUCUUGACCAAAAAUGGCAAGAACCCUGUGAUGGAGCUAAAUGAGAAGCGUCGCAGCCUGAAGUAUGAGCUGUCUGCAGAGACAGGGGGCUCCCAUGAAAAGUGUUUUGUCAUGGAGGUGGAGGUGGAUGGGCAGAAGUUCAAAGGGAGAGGCUCUAAUAAGAAGGAAGCAAAGGCCUUUGCUGCCCUUGCUGCCCUGGAGAAGCUGUUCCCAGACGACAAUGGAAUGUCAAACACUAACAGAAAUUUUUCAAAGAAGAAGGUCACCUACACGGACAUGCACAUCCCAGGAUUCGGUACAAUUCGUGGCAUUCCUUCAGACUCUGGAUCCCGUGGCUGGGGUCCUAACAGAGGUCGUGGCAGGGGCAGAGGCAAACAGUUUCCUUCAGGACCCAGCUAUAACAAGACCAACUACAGUUAUGAGAGCAGCACUGGCACAGGCUAUCAUAAACUCUAUGGUAAUAACGCAGCCAGCACUGCAGCCAAAGGCACUGGAUCUAGUGGAUCAGGCAGCAACAUUGGCUAUGGCACCUUUUAUCCCGAGAGCAGUGCCACCUAUUCCUCCCCACCCGUGUCCAGCACCACAAAGGGAGAAAGCUACCAGUCGAUGCCGCCCCCUGCCGAUCAGGAGAGCCCUUACAGCUACGGGUAUGGAGACGAGAAGAAGAAGAUGCUGACCCAAGGUCAGAAUGAAGGCCAGGGAGGAGACUACUCUAUGUACAGCACAGCUUACCCCAGCUCAGUGACAGGGGGCCAAGUAUAUAAUAAUUAUGGCUGGGGAAGCCAGUCAUCCUGGGGGAAUCAGCAGGGGUAUAGCAUGUACCAAGGAUUUGGAGGAGAAAACCAGGGCUCAUACUCUGGUAUAUAGCGACAUGAAUUACUAAUCGUCACGUCCUCUACAGCCUUUCUCACCUCACUAUGCCAUCUUUUGACUCUUGAUUGUUCAGCCUCGAUGAAGAUCCUUGGAUACCACUCCUGAAAAGGAAAGAAAAAGUGCUUGUGUUGUGUCUGAAACUGGAAUUUUUCUGUUUUUGUUUUGUCACUCUUCACUUGUCUGGUAAAAGUACGUUUUAAGUCACAGGUUCAAGUUUAUGAUUAUUUUAUGAAGUCAGUUUUCUUUUAAGUGCGGCAGCCCUCAUCAUGUCCACGUUGACAUGUGUAAAAAAAACAUACCUAGUUUAUCAUUAUGUCUUAUUUCUUGGGUUGUUGUGUUUUUUUUAAUCUGGUAUACUGGUUUCUGUAUCCGUGUAUGGUUUUAAUUUGAAGCUGCUUGUAGUUUUGAAGAUUUCUUUAUUUGUGUCAAAUAAAAUGCUCUAAUAAUUCUUGUAAAAUAAAUGACUCUUAUUUUGG